AUGUCGAAGCAAUACAUCCCCUGGGUCAAUGCGGAAAAUGCGCACAUUUCCGAUAUUUACUCGCUGGCUGUGACAGACAAGCAGCUUUUAUCUGUCUCAGGUGGCUCGGCCAUCAAAGUGCAUUCUCUUACAGAUACCGGGUUCCCACUGGUGCAGUGCAUUGAUGAUGCCCACAGUAAUGGAUGUCACCAUAUCGUGACCGAUGCGGCGGGCUCUCGUGCAGUCAGCGCUGGGUUUGAUGGAAGUUUGAAAACUUGGUCUUGCCAUGAUGGUCAUUGGGUUGCAGAUGAAAAAGUGACUGCGGACCUUAAGCAUGCCUCGGCGUGGGCUAUAGCUCUUUCUUGUGAUGGCCAGUAUCUUGCUGGUGUCACGGAACAAGGACGCAUCAAAGUAUGGGAUUUGGCUGCGGAUGGCAAUUUGAUUCGAGACCACGACACCAAAGGCAGCUUCGGCGUUACCAUUGACUUGUCUUCGGAUGGCCGAAUGAUUGCGACUGGCCAUCAAAACGGCCGCAUUUACGUUUUCUCCACCGAAACGGGCCGCAUGCCGUAUAGCCUCCAAGGCUUGGUGGAACCGGUACGCGCCGUGGCUUUUUCUCCUGGAAGCAAGCUUCUCGCAGCAGCUGGAGAUUCCAAGGUGAUCUCGUUGUAUAACUGCUCGUCUGGUAACCGAAUUGCCUAUCUCGCGGGGCACACCGGAUGGAUCACGUCUCUUUCCUGGAGCAGCACAGGAGAAUAUCUUCUCAGCGGUUCGUUCGAUGGCAAAAUCAAGGUCUGGUCUAUGGAGACAAAAACUUGCGUUGCUACAAUCCCGGAGAUAGAGAAGGUUGUGUGGUCUGCCAAAUGGCUCCCCAAGAUCGGAAGGGCAGAGGGAUUUGUGCUCGGUGGUGCAAACUGCAGCAUCGACUUUUACCGCGAGGCUAGCGCUUGA